GGCCCGCCGGGACGCCCCUGCUCGCCGCGCCCCUCCCUGGGCCGUGGCGCGUCCCCCGAGUCUCGCAGUAUUUUCUUCCUGCACCUUUAAGAAGACCGUUGCUCCGUGGUGGGAUGGUGUGUUAAAGCCACACAGAGGAAGUUACGCAGCCCGGAUCAGACCGAGAGAUAAAAGCCCCGAUGGUGAUCGUGAGUGAUGGCAAGAGGAUUUAGCCUCGGCAUUAACUUAGAGCCGAGUGCAGGGGGGCAGUGAAGCGCCCCGCCAUCUGGCCCGCGCCGCGCCGGGGGGAUGCCCCGGCGCCCCCAGGAGCAGCCGCGAAGCCCACCCGGGCCGGGGGCUGCCCGGCGCGCGAGCGCGGGUCCUCCCGGAGCCGCCCAGGGGACCCAAAAAGUUUGCACUUGUUAGCGGCGACCUCCCGCUCCGCCCGGGCGGGCGAUGCGGGCGGCGCGGGCGGCCCCCUCCCCCGGCCCGCGUCUCCGGGACGGCUGCGGGCGGCCCCCCCGGCGGCCGGAGGGCUCCCCAGCCCCGAUCUGACGGCGGCGGCGCGGCGGCCACGGCGGCGGCGGAGCGGCGCGGGGAAGGAGCACCGGCGCGCAGCCCUCCGGCCCUCGCCCCCACCCAGCGCCAUCCAGAGGGGAGGCGCAGCGCCAGAGGGUGGCGGUCCUCGGCCUCCCGGGUCUCCGCUCCGGGAAGCCGCUCCGAGCCGGGCGCCGCUCCCCCACCCCAAUUUAAUCACCACCGUCCAGAGCUACCCCAUCCCGUGCCCUCCCAUCUCUGCAAACUGGAGGACGUGUGAGUUGCACGGAGAACUCUUGACCAGCCAAGGACGGAAACUUCUUUCCGUGCGGUAGAGGGUCGGGGCUGGGGGGCGGACGGAGGUAAGGACCGGCUUGAGCGCUGUGCGGAGUCGAACUCGAACCGGGGGAAGCAGAGGCAGCGAGAAGGCGGGAAGAGGACCGCGAGCUCCGAGUCCGCCCGCUCCGGAGCUGGAGGUUUGUUACGCAGUUGUGUUGAGCACAUCCCACGUUAAGGGCCUUUUAAAGACCUGGAUUGAUUGGAAGGACAAAAAUUAAAAGCAAUCUGAUCCAGCCCCAUGCCGGAUCCCUGCGGAUUGUCUCCUUAUCCCAUUUCCAUCCACUGUCACAAUUUGAGAGUCGGCUUGAUUUGAUCAGAUCCACCUCCGGGGGAGGUGGAAUGCCAAGGUUACAAGGACGCAAAGUUACGGGCAACUUUUUGAUCUGCCCAUCAGCAGUUUGAGAAACGCUGGCUCUGAAUUUUCUGUAUCGGUCUUUCGGAAAAAACAAGCUCCUCACUGUUUGCAAACCUGCAGUGCUUGAGGCUCUGGGACAUCCCAGCUGCCAUCGCCUGGUAGAUGUGGCAUUUCCAUGCUGAGGCUGCGAGUCCCAGCUGACCCCACCGCUGCCUCUCCAGGGCCUCUCUGGGCCGUGCCCCUGCGGACUGAGCAGCCAUGCUGCACCUGCUGGCUCUCUUCCUGCACUGCCUCCCUCUGGCCUCUGGGGACUACGACAUCUGCAAAUCCUGGGUGACCACGGAUGAGGGCCCCACCUGGGAGUUCUACGCCUGCCAGCCCAAGGCAAUGCGUCUGAAGGACUACGUCAGGGUGAAGGUGGAGCCCUCGGGCAUCACGUGUGGAGACCCCCCUGAGAGGUUCUGCUCCCAUGAGAACCCCUACCUGUGCAGCAACGAGUGUGACGCCUCCAACCCCGACCUGGCGCACCCGCCGCGGCUCAUGUUCGACCGGGAGGAGGAGGGGCUGGCCACCUACUGGCAGAGCAUCACGUGGAGCCGCUACCCCAGCCCGCUGGAGGCCAACAUCACCCUGUCGUGGAACAAGAGCGUGGAGCUGACCGACGACGUGGUGAUGACCUUCGAGUACGGCCGGCCCACGGUCAUGGUCCUGGAGAAGUCCCUGGACAACGGGCGCACGUGGCAGCCCUACCAGUUCUACGCCGAGGACUGCAUGGAGGCCUUCGGCAUGUCCGCCCGCCGCGCCCGCGACAUGUCGUCCUCCAGCGCCCACCGCGUGCUGUGCACCGAGGAGUACUCGCGCUGGGCGGGCUCCAAGAAGGAGAAGCACGUGCGCUUCGAGGUGCGGGACCGCUUCGCCAUCUUCGCCGGCCCCGACCUGCGCAACAUGGACAACCUGUACACGCGGCUCGAGAGCGCCAAGGGCCUCAAGGAGUUCUUCACCCUCACCGACCUGCGCAUGCGCCUGCUGCGCCCCGCGCUGGGCGGCACCUACGUGCAGCGCGAGAACCUCUACAAGUACUUCUACGCCAUCUCCAACAUCGAGGUCGUGGGCAGGUGCAAGUGCAACCUGCACGCCAACCUGUGCUCGGUGCGCGAGGGCAGCCUGCAGUGCGAGUGUGAGCACAACACCACGGGCCCCGACUGCGGCAGGUGCAAGAAGAACUUCCGCACGCGGGCCUGGCGCGCCGGCUCCUACCUGCCGCUGCCCCACGGCUCUCCCAACGCCUGUGCCGCUGCGGGCUCCGCCUUUGGCAGCGCCGGCAGGUCCCGGAAAGACCCUGCCCCCCAGCCCCCCGUGGCCACCGUGGCCAUAAGCGGGGAGCCCAUCGCUUCCACCCCCUCCACAUCUACUGCCCAGGCCCCCAGAGCCCCCAGUACCCCACUGCCCACAGAGUGGACCAGGCCAUCUACAGCUGCCCCUCUUGGGGAGAGCUCCCCCCAGCCCCAGGUUUCCUCCAGUGCAGAAGGAAUCCUCUCACUGGCCGCCCGGUUCACAGGACCCUCAUCACAGGCAUUGACGGAGCCCAGAGAGGGGACAGCUGCGGGCACUUCCGCUGCUGUCCCCACCCCUGCUAAGAGCUCCAAACUAUUCCAGCUCAAGCCCAAAUCUCCUCAAGUGAUGCCUAUUGAAGAAUUCCAAGACUGUGAGUGCUACGGCCAUUCCAACCGCUGCAGCUACAUCGACUUCCUGAACGUGGUGACCUGUGUCAGCUGCAAGCACAACACCAGGGGCCAGCACUGCCAGCACUGCCGCCUGGGCUACUACCGCAACGGCUCGGCUGAGCUGGACGACGAGAACGUCUGCAUCGAAUGUAACUGCAACCAGAUCGGCUCCGUGCACGACCGGUGCAACGAGACGGGCUUCUGCGAGUGCCGCGAGGGCGCGGUGGGGCCCAAGUGCGACGACUGCCUCCCCACGCACUACUGGCGCCAGGGCUGCUACCAAGCUCCAACAUGGGGGGUGGACCAGCCACCAGCCGCGUCAACUGCCCCCUCCGCCCCGCAGCCAACGUGUGCGACGACGACCAGCUGCUCUGCCAGAACGGCGGCACCUGCCUGCAGAACCAGCGCUGCGCCUGCCCGCGCGGCUACACUGGUGUGCGCUGCGAGCAGCCGCGCUGCGACCUCGCCGACGACGACGGCGGCCUGGACUGCGACCGCGCGCCCGGGGCCGCCCCGCGUCCCGCCACCCUGCUCGGCUGCCUGCUGCUGCUAGGGCUGGCCGCCCGCCUGGGCUGCUGAGCUCUGCCCGGGGACCCGCGGCCGGGGAGGGUGGACCGCGCGCUCUGCGCCAUGCGCCCCGCGCUUCGCGUCCGGGGAUCCUAGGCGUCCAAGGCCGGGCGGCGACAAGGGUGCGGCCGAGCUGCUCCCAGGUGCUACUCAGCAGAGUCCUCCCGCCCUCCCGCUCCCGCCUCGCGGCACCGCGCCGCCCGGCACUGCCCUCCCUUCGCAGCUGGGGCGCUGUGGGGUCCUGCCCCUGCAGCCUGCGAUUUGGGUUUUAGUUUUUCUUUUAUAUUACCUGCCGCCUCUUUAUUUUAUUUUUCUUAAUUUCUCUUUCUUUUCACUUUUCUUUUCCUUUGCUGUCCGUGAGACAGGGGGCCGGGAGAAACGCUGCUCGCCCCAACACCCCCAGAUCCCGCCCCGACCUCACAUACACGCAGGACUGUUGCACACACCCCUGCGCUCGCCCUGGCUUACACCAGCCAGCGGCCCCGGAACUCCAGUUGCCUACCACUCUAGUGGCUGACUCGAUUCUCUUUUAUAUUCUUUAUUUUCCUUUGCAACCCACCAGACCCCGAGCCCCACAGCGGCCUGGUGACCAAGGAACUCACCAUCUGGGGUUGGGGGUAGAAAGAAGGGUUGGGAGGGGUGGAAACUUGGUUUUGUAGAGAACUAUUUUUGUUUGUAUUAACUGUCCCCUGUAAGGAGGGACUGGGUGGAAGCUGGUCACCGUGGGUGGCUGAUGGUGUAUAACCGAACAGAGUAAAGAGUGCUCACUGCUGCC